AAUAGCUUAUACCUAUAGCUUUUAACUUAUUUCUUAUGAAUACAAAAUUUAAUUUUAAAUAAGACAUUAUUAUUAUUAUUUUACUUUUGAAUACAAGAUAUGUAUUAUAUAGUUUGUAACUAUAAUAUUUAUGUAUUGUUUUUUUUUAUUUAAGUGGGUACGGCCCAAAGAUAAAAUGUAAUUAUUAAUAACUUAAAUUUUUUUUUCAUCAUUAUACAUUUCUUUAUUCAUUUACUUUAUGAUCACGUUACAAUCAUAGGCGCAACUAGGGGGGUGCUAGGGGGACUUUAGCACCCCCAGACUAAAAAUUAGCACCCCCAAAAAUUCAAAGUCAAAUCCUUGAUUUGUAAGCUGUAGGUAUUUCAUUAUUGUACCUACCUAUUCUGUUCAAAUUUUUAUUUUAGAAUAAUUUAUUUAUAUUUAAUGUUUCGAAGAUAGUUAUAUUAGAUGACAACAUAGUUUGUCAUGAGGUCUACAAUAUAAUAUCAUGAUAGCCGAUAGGUAAGGUAUAUUGCAUUGGGAAUUUGGUUGUGUUAAUAGUUAUUUUUAAACUGUUAUAUCUACGUAAUCCGCUACCCGUAUGUUUUCCAUUAUAUGCGUUAUCGUUAUAAAUUAUAAAUAUAACUUAUAACAUUACACAACAGUCGACGAGACGACGACACACGUUAUACAGACAUACAGUACCCAAAACUUGAACUGCCAACAGGUAACAGUAUUCCGUCUCCGUAAAUCUGAAUUGAUAGGUAUUUAAAAUGUUUAGUAUUUUUAAAAAACGGAAACGGAAACCUAAAGAUAAUAAUGAGGAAAACGAAAUUGAAGCUGAUAUUGACGAUCCUGGCAUGGUUGACAUUUCUACUAAUAGUACUACUCAUACAAGUGAUACAACUCUUGAUUUGGGAAAUAAAGAUUCCGGCCCAUGUCGUCCUAUACUUACAGAAUAUAAAAAAAUUAAAUUUGGAACACAACAAAGAUCGUUUCGAAGCCAAUGGUACAAUGAAUGUGAUUGGCUAGAAUACAGUGUUCAGCGUAACGCUGCAUUCUGCUUUGUUUGCCGAACUUUCGGUUCAGAAAAUUCAGGUGAAAAUAUAUGGAUUAAAUCUGGGUUCAAUAAUUGGCAAAAGUUUCUUGUAAAAUCAAAAAAACAUUCUUCUACCAGUACUCAUUUGACUAAUUUAUCAAAAAUGUGUGCAUAUAAAAGUAGUUUAAAGACAGGAUCUGUUGUGACACAACUAUCUAGCGCUCAUAAAAAACAAGUUGAAAUUAAUCGCAAAUACAUGUCUAGUUUAAUAGAUGUUGUGUUAUACCUUGCUAAGCAAGGCAUAGCAUUUAGAGGACAUAAUGAAAAUUUAGAUUCUUUAAAUCAAGGUAAUUAUAAGGAAAUGUGCCAUAUGGUAUUUUCAAAGUUCAUGCCAGAUUUGAAAAAUGUAUAUGAGAAUAAAAUUAACCAUACCAGUUGGAAAGUGCAGGACGAAAUUAUUAAAAUAAGUGCUGACCUAAUUAAAGAAAUUAUUGUUGAGGAAAUUGUUGUUUCUGGGAAUUUUGCACUUAUGGUUGAUGAAGCCAGGUCCCAUAAAGAAGAACAGUUAUCUGUAUGUGUGCGGUAUGCUGUUGGUCUUGAGGCACGUGAAAGAUUUUUGCAAUUCAUAGAUGUUUCUAAUGGACAAACUGCCAACCAUAUUAUUUCUGCUGUUUUUAAUUGUUUUCAAAAUUUAAGUAUUAAUAUCAAUACAUUAAAUAUUGUUGCUCAGUCUUAUGAUGGUGCCAGCGUAAUGGCUGGACACCUUGGAGGUGUCCAGGCAAAAAUUAAACAACAAUUUCCAUGUGCCAUAUACACACACUGUAUGGCACACAGAUUAAAUUUGAUUGUUGUGGAUAUGUGUAAAGGAAUAAAGAGAGCUCGAAGUAUUUUUAAUACUUUAGAAAUGGUUUAUGUUCAUUUCUCUUGACCAUCCAACAAUGCUAAACUCAUUGAAGUUCAAUCUAAACUAGGUUUAAAAAAAGGAAAUUUUCUCAGGAUAUGCGAUACAAGAUGGGUAUGUCGCUAUAAAAAUUGCGAGUCGAUGAUAAAAAAUUACUCAUCAAUAUUAGAAUUUUUAAAGAAUGAAGUUGAAGCACAAGUGGACAAAGAUGCUAUUGAAGCUAUCGGUAAUUGAAAAAAAAUUAUGUAAUGUAAUUAUAAUUUGAUACAUUAUUUUUAAUUGUUGAAUUUUUUUCUUAAUUAUAAUUUUAGGUAUUCUCGGUCAAAUACAAAACUGUGCUUUUUUUAUUGGAGUUACUCUAUUGAAAGACAUUCUUGGUAUCAUUAAUAUAAUAAGUGUCACAUUACAAUCUAAAAAUGCCACUUUAGGAAAAGCAAAAAGCAUUAUCAAUGGAAGUAUACAAAGUAUUGAAAAAUUACGUUCUGACAUUGAAUUUUCUACAUUUUGGCAAAAAAUUACAUCUUUAGCUGAAGAGAAUGAUAUAACCCUUGAAGUACCACACAAAGGUAAAUAUUAGAUUAACUGUAAACCUUUGUAAAAUCUAAAGGUUUUUCUUAAAUAAGUUUUAACUUUAUGUGUGAAAUACAUUUCUUAGACAUUCAUAUGUAAUAAUUAUUAAUUAACAAUACCAUCAAAACAAAAUUCAUGUUCACAAAAAUCAAAAUUUAAAUACAUAUAACAGUAAUUUAAUUUUAAGUUACUAAUAAAAAAUGUAUUUAAUGAUUAGGAAGGAAACGGAUAAGAACUCAACCGAAAUCUUUGAACAAUUUUUACUUACAAUUAACAACUGGAGAAGAAAAUGAACCAAAUAUUACACAAUCUGUUGAAGACUAUUGGAGACAAAAUUUAUACUAUCCAAUAAUUGAUUCUAUAAUCGUUAAUUUAAAAUAUAGGUUCUCUGAAGACAGUUUAUCUAUGGCUUGCUCCGUUGAUAAUUUUAUGAAUAUGAACUAUGAAGGAAGCUUAGAGUUCAUAAAUAACUAUAAAGUAAAAUUGAUAUAAUAUUAAAUACAAUUUCAAUAUUGAAUUCAAUUUUUUUUUCAGUAG